UCGGUUCAGCUAUCGCCAGACUUCUAUGCGAGCUCGUGUCCUUCGGCUCGGUCCAUUAUCCAGGACGCCGUGAGCACCGUUGUGUCCUCGGAACCCCGAAUGGGAGCCUCGCUUCUGCGUCUCCAUUUCCACGAUUGCUUUGUCAAUGGUUGUGACGCGUCUGUAUUGUUGGACGACACCGAAGGAUUCACCGGCGAGAAGACGGCAGGCGUCAAUAUCAAUUCGAUCCGGGGUUUUGACGUGGUCGACAACAUCAAGACCCGGCUUGAAGAACAAUGCCCCGGAAUCGUUUCGUGCGCCGACAUCCUAGCCGUCGCGGCCCACGAUUCUGUCGCUGCCCUGGGUGGACCCACGUGGACCGUACAGUUAGGCAGGAGAGAUUCAACCACGGCAAGUUUGAAAGAUGCAAACAGCGAUGUGCCUUUGGGAAUCGCGGACCUUAGCGAUCUCAUAUCUCUCUUCUCUAAGAAGGGCUUAUCUGCCAAAGAAAUGGUCGCCCUCUCAGGUACUCACACGAUAGGCCAAGCGAGGUGCUUCGUGUUCCGCAUUCGCAUCUACAAUGAGAAGAACAUCGACCCCGCGUACGCCGCGUCGCUGAGGCAGAACUGUCCCAGCGCAGGCGGGGAUGCUAAUCUCGUGCCGCUCGAGGAUGGCGACGUCGACGGCAAAGUGUUCAACAACGACUACUUCAAGAACCUAGUGAGCAUGAAGGGCCUCCUGCACUCGGACCAGCAGCUGUUCAACAACGGAUCCACUGACGCGGAUGUGAAGGCCUACAGCCUCGACUCGGCAUCCUUCUUCGCCGAUCUGGCCAAUGCCCUGGUGAAGAUGGGGAACCUCAGCCCCCUCACGGGAACGGACGGGCAAGUUAGGACCAAUUGCAGGAAGGUUAAUGGAUCUUAA